AUGCCCUACGCCACGCAACUAGCACUACUACAGGAUGAGCUUCUAGACAUGCUCGAGCCGCGCGACGGGGAAGGGCUACGUACGGCGGACAUCAUCGACAAGACGCUCCGGUUCCGGGAGCUGCUGGGGUGCUACCGGCUGCAGGUGGAGAAGAGUACGCGGCAGCUCGAGCUGCCGCGCCAGGUGCGUACGGCGGCCGCGCUACGCGGGGCACACGCACCAGCCUCGCAGGCACCCGCGCUCGCGCAGCUGCUGCUCUGGGAGCGCUUCCUGGCGGACUACCGGCGGCGCCUAGACGCGGCCAUCGUGCACGAACACGAGGCGACGGCCGCGCGCCAACUGCAGGCGCGGCCCACCGCAGCGCGCGCGCCGCGCGCGCCUAUGACGGCCAAGGACCGUCUGCUGGCAACCAACAAGGCCAUCACGUCGAACCUGAUCCGGUCAAAUCACGUGCUGCAGAGCUCCGUGCUGCAGAGCGAGCUCAACAUGGACGAGCUGGCGCAGCAGACCGCUUCGCUCGCCGGUCUGGGCCGCCGCUUCGACCAGCUGGGUCUCGUGCUGCACCGUUCGGCCGCCAUCGUGCGCAGCAUCGAGGCCUCGUCCGGCAAGGAAAAGCAGCGCGUCUACCUGGCGCUCUCCUUUCUUGGCGCGUGCAUCGCCUGGGUCGUAUGGCGCCGCCUGCUGCGGGGCCCGCUGCGCCUGCUGCUCUGGCUGUGGUUCCACACCUUCCGCCGCGCGUUAGGGCUAUUGGGUCUACUUCCGCGCUCGGCGCCGACCGCUGCACCCGCCCUCCACGCUGCGCUACCGCCCCCCCCUACCUCCUCUGCCGCGCUCGCGCACGCGGUAGACAGCGCGUUCACUCGAAUCAUGGACGAGCUUUGA